CGCAGAUGGUGGGUGCGGUCGCCGCGGUGGCUCUGUGAACAUGUCCGGAGCGUACACAACGUGCUGUGUUCUGCCGUGCGACAAGCCGCCUCAGGAUGAAUACUUAUGCAGACAGGACUUUUGAUGGCACUGGAAGCCCAGGACAGUUUCCUGGAAGCACCAGAAUAGACGUGUUAAUCAGUCUGUAUCGCCGUACGCACGUGUACUGUUGCAAUAUUAGAUUGUAUUUGUUUUGCGACAACAUAAUUCGUUAGAGGUUAUGUUCAUCUCGUGUGUGUGUGUGUGUGUUUGUAACGUACGCGGUCCUAUUUAUUAGAUUUUCGCUUAGAAGCAAAACAGAAAGAAAAAACAUAACUGACUUUUAAAUAGAAUUUCAGAUGUAUGUUUUGAUAACAAAAGACAAUCAUCUUCCUUGCUGUGAUGUAUAGAUAUCAGCGCAUGCAGGCUUGUUAAUACAGUUUCUGUAUCAUAUAAAGAAAACACGAAUUGAACACACUGAAAAGUUUCAACGAAGUGAACUGAUUGUGAUGAAGUGUUCGGACACCAAUGGCGAAGCGGCCUAGCAAUCCGGAAUACUAAGGAACUGUUUCUAUUCCGUGGGCCACACCACACAGUGGAAAAACGUGUACAUAAUCCCUUCUUGUUUGGAAAUAUUGGGGUCAUUGUGUCAACACGCCUGAACCCUUUUGGAUGAAUAUGAGUGGUGGCGGAUUGGGCCCCGCCGGGUGUUGGAUCACCCACAAGGGGCUGGAGACAUGGGCGCGGAUGGCUAAGGAGCGGAGUACCCACAAAACACAGGAAUUCAACGUGGCGAAGGAGCAGCACGCCGUACAGCCUGCCCAGACGGUGGCGCCACAUUCUGUGAACCCUGACCUCAUGAGGUCCCCUCUGGACGCCUCACCGGUUCUGACUCAUCAGUCCAAGUCUUAUCCGGGGGGCCAGCCCCACCUGGCCAGAACUCCGUCCGUGUCCUCUCAGGGCAGCCUGGACAGCAGCGCCUCCAGACAGCAGGGUCAUCGGGGUUCCUCACCACAGAUAAGGACAUUUGCACCAGAUGGCCGAACCACCAGUUCGUCAGCACUGCAUCAUCUCCACACAGUGCAGUCCACAGACCCAGGCUCAGCACCCAGUAACAAUCCGAGUCGCUCUCCAUCUCCCGCCUCAUGCCAUCGGGCUGCUUCUCUGGACAUGCGGUGCUCCUCCCCUGGUGGCGCCUCCUCUGCUUUCUGUGGCUCCACAGGGGACCUUCGAACCCCAUCCCCAUCACAGUCAUCCCUCGCCUCCCUUACUGACCGCGGUUCAGCCUCAUCAGUGUGUAACUCGCCAGUACCUCCACAGUCACCCAGAGGUGCAGCCAUUUCCAGAUGCCUGUCUCCCUUGCUGAUUCCUCCCAUACCUUCAAGGCCACUGGCAUCUGACCCCCCAGCACCACCUGCCUCACCACUAGGGGCCCUGCAGCCGGACCUGUACCAGCGUCGGGAUGGUCCACUGUUCCUAGGAAGCCGGAGAGGAGGACCAAGUCUAGGAAGACUUCAUCUCAGGCUCAAGUAUGACUUCAAUAGAUCAGACCUUCAUGUUCAUCUUAUUGAAGCUCAUGACCUUGCAGGAAGUGAUCAGGGUGGCUUCAAUGACCCUUAUGUGCGUUUGAGCCUUGUUCCUGCAGUAGACAAUCGCAAGAGGCAGACAACAAUUCACCGGAAUGAUCCUAACCCCUUCUUCGAUCAGCAUUUUAAGUUUCCUGUGUCAGACCAAGACUUACAGGACAAAACUCUGGUCCUGCAGGUCUUUGAUUAUGACCGAUUCUCACGCAAUGAUGUUGUGGGUGAGGUGUGUAUGAGUAUGGAUGAAUUUGAUGUUGCAUCAGAUGUGGAAGUUUGGGGCGAGAUCACCAAAAACAAGAAGCCUCCAGAAGAGAUGCAGGAAGUGCUCCUGUCACUGAGCUACCUGCCAUCUGCUGAGAGACUCACUGUUGUGUUGCUCAAGGCACGAAACUUGUUCCUGCCCCAGGAUAAAGAUAACAUAGAUCCAUUUGUCAAAGUUUACCUUCUUAGUGGCGGGAAGAGGGUGAAGAAAAAGAAAACAGCUGCCCGGAAAAGCACCUGCAACCCAGUGUGGAAUGAAGCACUUACUUUCAACCUGGCUUCUUCAAAUCUAUCAAAUGCUGCAGUCGAGAUAUGUGUAAUGGACCAAGGAAAUGAUCUGAUUGGCAACAAUCCUCUGCUAGGCUCUUGCCUCAUUGGACCAGAGGAAGAGGGGCCAGAACUAGACCACUGGUGUGACAUGACACAGAGCCCUCGCAAAGCUGUCGCCAUGUGGCACACUCUCCGGUAAAGAAACUCCCAAUUACGCAAAAAAAAAUGAGCUAACAUGGUAUUCAUUGAUAAUGUCCCAUUUAUGCUUUGAAGAGAGAGAGAGAGAGGGAGGGGGAGAGAGAUCCUGAAACAGAGAAGGAUCAUGAGCUACACCCCUUUGCCCAGAGAGUAACUGGUAUGUACAGGCCUGUUACUUGAUGUUUCUGGGUGUGUGCAGUAUUGCCUAUUUUGCAACCAUAUAAAUGUAUAUAACAUGUUAGACUGAAGAUGUUUAAUGUGAGAAAUUGAAGGAGUUUUGUUUAAUCUGAUGAAAUGGUGGUAUGAAACAGCAUAAAUCUGAAUUCACAAUUCAGGAUAGGAAGACCAAACCUCAAAUGAAUUAACACAUUUACUGCCAGACAUUGAAAAGACAAAUAACUGCCAACACAGAAAUAAUUUUUUUUUUCAUGAUAAUUGCAAGGGGAAAGAAGUUUAUUCUGCUGGAAGGGCAAAGCUUCUCUACAACAUAAAUGGGGCAGAAGAUUAGGCCAUCUUAUGCAUAUAGCAGUAUUCAACAUUUUUGGCAUAAGAGAACAGCACAAAUUUUUAAACCAAAGGGUGAAGAAGUGUUUUGAACAAUAUCUAACAUACACAUCUUGAUCCAAGAAUUACAUCCAUCUAUAAAAUGUAUGUCCAGAAUCAAUGUAUAUUCUAAUUCAUUUGUAAGGUUAUGUAGCAAUUGUAUGGCAUAUGUCAGAAAUGAUAUGGUUGUAGGGGGACAGUGUGAAGCAGUGAAUGUGUUAAUCUCUGUUUGGUCCAGUAACCUUGUAAACUGAAAGCAUCUGCCCAGUGGCAGUAAUAUUUUGGUGAGGUGGUGAUUAAAUGCAGUGGAACCCUCAUCUGAGAUAUCCUGGGAGGAUUUGAACACUGAACUCAAAUGGAGUAAAUUUAACACUUGGAUAUUGAAUUCGACAUUGGAGUGACAGAAACUGAACAUUAAAUGUGAGAAAAUGUUAAAUCCUGAAGCAUUAAACAAGGUGUUCCACUGUAUUGAAACUCAAGCUGAAGGCAGAGUGAAUGCAUAAUACUUGUACCACUCACAUUUGCUCAAUUUCCAAGAUAGAUAAAUUCAUCUGUAACUAAUUCAUAAUUAUGCUUUCCUCUGUACUGACAAGCCUUUCAUGUGACUGGAAGAACAGCUUGUGCUUAACCCUUUCAGUGCUACUGUUGGAAUGUGCAGUUCUCUGACACACAUCUCUUUAACAUGACACUGUGACAGAACUCAGAGCUCAUCUGUUCACACAUGAGUCUAGAUGGAUGUAGAGAGGCAUAAUCCAGCAUGGUACAAAUAUUUUCAAAUUUAUUUUUUGCAGUUUUUCGUGCUUCAUUGGCCUUGAUAUUUAUCACAGAUACAAAUUCACACAUGAGUCUAGAUGGAUGUAGAGAGGCAUAAUCCAGCAUGGUACAAAUAUUUUCAAAUUUAUUCUUUGCAGUUUUUCAUGCUUCAUUGGCCUUGAUAUUUAUCACAGAUACAAAUGCAUUGUUGCAGAAAUUAACCACGCUGUUCACAUUCAAAUUAAAUUUCGCUUGUCUUUCAAUAAAUAUUCAACAUAUCACAUGUCUCAAGUGAAAGUUGUAGAUCUUAGAAGAGAUCUAGAUUUGUACCAUAUACCUUUCUUUAUGUGAUAAGCCGAUUUUGGGAGCAUCAGUAGAGCUUGAUUUGAGCUCCGUAGAAAGUAAGAGGUUACCUGGAUUAAUAUGAAUCAAAGUCAAAAUGCGUAAUAACUUUUAAUGGAUGUACUCUGUACCAAAUUUCAUCAAAAUCUGUGCAGUAGUUUCAGAAAUGAGGGGUGCAGGCAGGCAGUCAGACACAACAGCCACACUAAGGAGAAAACAUUGAACCUAGCUAUGAAAGGGUUAACCUCGGUGCUUACUUAAGCUGUGUGUUUAUUGAAUUUGGUAGCCAGGGCAGCAUGUACUGUGCAGUUUAAUGAAACUGUUCCCUCCAGUUCACCAUACUUAAUCACAAGAAUUCUAUAUAAUGGUAAAUAACUUCAGUAGUUGAUACAGAUUUGAGGCUGUCAUGGUCAUGACUUUGAAAAGUAUUAACAGCAAGUUGCUGCUUGAUUGCUUAGUUUACUCUUUGACCCUGAAGAUGGAGACAGUAAGUUCCUCCAAAAUGUCCAUGAAUAUCUACAAGAGCAUAUGACAUUACAUCCCAGAAGGAAAUACUCCUUUAAAUCUGGGAAAAGUUCAGUGCUUAGACCCUCUCAGAGAGUGCCAGCAAUUUUGCACUAAAAUUAUAAUCAUUGGUUGUACAUUGAAAUCAAACAAGAAGGGCCUACUGUAAUGAGGACAGAAACAAAAAGUUUGACCUCCUUUGACUGAGCAUAGUUCACUGUAUUUAUCUUUCAUGUACAUCGAAAGCCUGGGAAGUAAAAGAUAAAUGAUAAUUUUAGGAGAUAUUUAUGAAGGAACAAAAUGUGUAUUACACAUCGAUAAAUAGGUAAUUUAUUGUGUGUAAAUGCAGAACUUUAUUUUGUUUCAGAAUCAUUACAAGUCAUUAGUUACAUCUGUAUCUCUAUUUCAUACUCCACACUUGUUGGAGGGGAGAAUAGGUAUUUGAAGAAUAUGUUAUUCAGUUUACUGUGUUAUUUUCCAGAUCUGCUUACAUUCUCUCUCCCCUUUAUGAAGACCAGAACAGGCUAUUGCCCUAUCUGUGAGGUAAAUGAAUUAAUUUUGUUGUGUGAGAUUUGAGCUUUUCACCAUGGUGAGUGUGAAGAUUACUGUCUUCUGGUAAGUGACACUGUGUAAUUUGGUCUUAGAGGCACCUGCUUCACCCUCAACGAAUUUCUGGUUCUAAUAAGACAGAGAAUCUCGCAUUGUGUUAUUUGCAGCCUUGGUUCCUGUCCUUCGGUGCCAAUAACUGCAUAUUCCUUUUCCCAUAGGGUUUACUUGUCUACCCUGAAGAUGUAAGCAGCAGGUUCCUCCAAAAUGUUUGUAUCUAGUAUUUACCGAACUACAUGGUGUCCCCAUCUCAGAAGACCAUAAUGUUAAAUUAAUUUUAUUAUUUUACUAUUCUUGCACUAGCAUUACAUUCAUUUCACCAGGGUCAAUGAAUUUUAGUCAAUGACCCAUUCUUGGAAAAAUAGAACUGCAGGGAACAGUCAUGGCCUUUUAAAAGGUUCUAACAGGAGUAUUCAUAUGGCUGAGCCUUGGAAAACCAAAAGUUAACAGGUGGGAUAUUUAAUGUUAACCCUAAUCGAAGUACCAUGAGGUGAUACCAAUAUGUAAGGGAGGAUCAAUAGAAACCUGCCUAAGGGUGACUGAGGUCUGUUUGGCCUGGUCUCAUAGAGUCACUGAAUGUGAGCCACUGAGUCACAAACUACAGGCAGCCACUGUACAUAGAAUCCAGUUUGAAUCAGCAUCCUUUGUGCUUUCUCCGGAGGCCCAGUGACUGAAGACUGUAACCAUUAAUUUAACCAGUAGAUGUGUGACCGAAAGCUGUUGUCAUUAACUUAACUGGCAGUUGUUUGGUCAAAGGCUACUACCAUUAAUUUAACCAGCAGAUGUUUAACCAAAGGCUGCUACCAUUAAUUUAACCAGAACUGCUACAGUUAACUUGACUGGCAGAUGUUUGGUCAAAGGAUGCUACCAUUAAUUUAACCAGCAAAUGUUUAACCAAAGGCUGCUACCAUUGAUUUAACCAGCAGAUGUUUAAACAGAAGCUGAUACCUUUAACUUAACUGGCAGAUGUUUGGGCAAAGGAUGCUACCAGUAACUCAACUGGCAGAUGUUUGGCCAGAGGAUGCUACCAUUAAUUUAACCAGCAGAUGUUUAACCAGAGGCUGCUACCAUUAACUUAACUGGCAGAUGUUUGUUUAAAGGCUGCUACCAUUAAUUUAAUCAGAAGAUCAGAUAUUUCAUCUGGUAUCUUUUCUCAUGAAAGCCUUGACGUUUCUAAUGCAUGCUGGAUUAUUAUUAUUUUUUUUUCCUUUCUUUCUUUUGCUCUGCUUAAUAUGACAACAAACAGCCUUUGGCAAGUUCCUAUUGCACUUCCCUUGUAUGUUAAUUUGAACAUGUUUGUGCUUCCCAGUAGCUCACCAGUUCACAGUUUAUGUGGAUAUGUGAGGCUUUGAACUGGAUUUCUAUUUAUAAUGUUACCAGAAUGCAAACAAAGAUAAUCAACUAUGCUUAAUAUAAAGUGUAUGUAAUCUGAAGAUAUGGUUAAAUGUAUGUGUCCUGAUGAUGUCAGCCUCCUUCAUAGUGAGACACAGGUUAGUUCAUUAUGUUUUGGAGGUAACAGUUCAGUGACUGACAAUUUGGUCUAUAUUGUGAUGAGUCCUCAGGAACUUCAGAUUUCACAGAAGGCAUGCUCAGUGGUUGAACUGGGACAAGAUGGUGAGGGACACUAUCAUACUUCCUUUUAACCUUCAACACUGUGUUUCUCUAUUAUUGUACUGUGAUAUGAGCCCAAGCAUGCUACCAAACUUUGACUUAAAUAAGUCAAGAUAAAGUGAAGAUAAAACACGUUUUUGAAGUUGGAUCUGGUUUCAUCCUCACAUGAAAAGGUGAGGAGAUACCUACUCAGUUGGUUCUGUUAGAAGCACCUAAUAUUACCCUUUGGACCCAGGACAUAGCCACUUACUGGAAAAAAUCUUUUUUUUUUUGGAAUACUAGACAAUGUAGGAAUUGGGAUAGCUCAGUCAAUAUAGUGAUGGGCUAUGGAACUGGAUGUCUGAGGUUUAAUCCUGGCAGGGACAAGAUUCUUCUCUUCUCCGCAAUAUUCAGAUUGGCUGUGGGGCCCAUCCAGCCUCCUA